CUGUGGCCAGCUUUAUAAGUGCCUAUACGGGUCACACACUUUGGACAAUUUAAGGAGUAGGAUUAAACAUUGGGAUAGUAAGUAAUUUGUAUAGAUUUCUCUAGAUUUCUCUCUCUAGCAAUGUCGAGGAGAAGAGGAAGACCUAGAAAGAAGACGACGCCGAGCAAGUCUCCGACGACCGGAUCCACUCCCAAUAGUGGGGGAGAUGUGAUCCCAACAGAAGAAGAAUCUCCUACUCAACAGAAAUCCCCGAUCAAUGAUGAGAUCUUGACAGAGGCAACACCAGAUUUGAAAGAGGAAAUCCCUCAACAAACAUAUGCAGAGGCAGUCACUGGGAUAGCAGAUAAGGACAAAUUACAGUUCAUCCCUGCUACUGAGGUAAAUGGAAUGCUGGUAGCUAAACUUACAAAGGAAGAUGUUAUUGAAUCAAAAGAUUACUGGAAUUCCACAUUAGUUUGCUAUAUAUUGCUUAUAGUAUUGGUGUAGAGCCAAUACUGUGGCCAGCUUUAUAAGUGCCUAUACAGGUCACACACUUUGGACAAUUUAAGGAGUAGGAUUAAACAAUGGGAUAGUAA